GCAGGCUGGGCUGUUAACUUUGAUAAACUUCUACAAGAUGAAUCUGGAAUAGCUGUUUUCACUGAAUUUUUAAAGAAGGAAUUUAGCGAAGAGAACAUCAUAUUUUGGACAGCAUGUAAAGAUUAUAAGAAUAUAAUUGAUGAAGAAUAUAGAAAAGUGAAAGCUAAAGAGAUUUAUGAACGUCAUAUUAGUGCUCGGGCUAGUGAUCCAGUUAAUGUAGAUAGUGCUGCUAGACUUCAUACAGACAAAUUUAUAGAUACACCUAAUUCAAUUAUGUUUGAUCUUGCUCAACAACAGAUUUUUCAACUGAUGAAAACUGACAGUUAUGCCAGAUUCUUGAAAUCUGAACUCUAU